AUGAUCACAACAGCAACAACGGCAGUAGCAGCCGCUGCUAUCGCAGCCUGUUUACUCUCAUCCACUGCACUCGCUCAGUCCACUGCACCAGUGCCGGUCACUAAUGGGGGGUACACCUCUGACGGCGAAAAGACACUCUACAUCCGCGGGGGAACCACAACCGGGCAAGCGGGAGGCAGGACAAACCAGUUCUUUGCCCUCAAUCUCCAAACCAAUUGGUCCACCUCCAACCCAGCAUGGAAGUCCCUCACCUCGACUACAGGGACCCCCAUGCUUGCAACAGCGUUCAACAGUCUGACCAUGAUGGGACCCAACAAGAUGAUUGAAUGGGCCGCAGAUCCGGGUCUUAUUAUCUAUGACCUCGAAUCCAACAGUGUUACUCCGUUGACGUACCCAAAUGCAUUAACUCGGCAAGGCCUCAGUAUUGGGUUCGACCCGACAACGACAGGGGCGGGAUCGGAAUAUGCAUAUGUCCCCUGUGGAUUCAACGCAGGAGUGGAAAUGGCACAGGUCAAUUCGAACAGCAAUCCCCCUAUCAUCAACUCUGUGCCCAUGCCGACGACAGGGGUGAUGCAAGGGAUUGGAUACUAUUCGUUUAUGUGGGAGUACAAAGGUGGAGUCUGGACGGCCCAAGUAGAUGGAACGAAAAAUGCUCCCUACACAGACAUCGUCGAGCACUGCAUGGUGCCAGCCCUGAAUGGAACAAAGAUGGUCAUGUUUGGAGGUAAACAAGCAACCGAUAACCUGCCCAUCUCGGGGAUCUACAUCCUCGACACGAAUACUAUGGGGUGGAAGACUGGAACUGCUGCCCCUGCUCAGGAGGCCCGUCGGUCUAUGGCCUGUACUGUCUCUGGCGACUAUUUUAUCGCCUGGGGAGGAACUAAUGGAACGGUGAUGGGACCAAAGCCGUUGGUGUACAACAUGAAGACGGACCAGUGGGUGGACCAGUUCUUGGCACCGGGGGGCAGUGGCGUCCCUCCAUCAGAGGGAACCAACACUGGCGUCCCGCCAUCAGAAGGAACCAACACUGGCGUCCCGCCACCAGAGGGAACCAACAUUGGCGCUAUUGCAGGAGGUGUUGCAGGUGCUGUCGUCCUCAUUGCUAUUGUCCUCGGUUUUGUCCUUUACAGACGUCGUCAGCAGCGGAACGCUAAAAAGUCCAACGAUACCGAGUCUGAUGACAAGAACACGGAGAAGGAAGGAUCCAAGGAUGACAAGAAGCCCGGUGCCGACUUGAAGAAGGACCCACAGGGCAACAACAUCUCGAUCUCAGCCCUUGCCGCAGGAACUGGCAGCAACGACGGUAGCGGGGAUGGAGGUUAUAUGAUGUUCGAUAAGGAGGAACGUGUGGCUCCUAGGAACCCACAACCGUUUAUCGAUAAUACGUCAGGAGGACAUCGGAGCCCACAGUACCAAUCUGGAGUAUACCUUCCGACGGCGAAUGCGGCGAUGUACCAUAACAACCCUCAGUACUUUGAGCCAGGCAUCCAGUUCUCGGAUAUGCAGUAUUACCCAACAACGGCUGCCAACCCUCAGCUCUAUGCUUCAUCGCCAUUCCCGAUGGGUGUAAGCGGAGGUGUCCAAAGUCAGGAUUUCUCCUACCCUCCCGUUCCACCUUUGGCGGCAAUGAGGCGUGACUCCCAGGCGAGGGCAAUGAGCGGUAUCAUGGGCAACAGCAGUAUUGUUGGGAGCCCAGGAAGUGGUGCACCUGCUCCGAUCACGGAGGAGAUCUUGCAACUGCAGCUUGCGUUGGUCAAGGCCCAGCAAGACCAACAGUUCCAACUGCAACAGCAGAACUUGGCUCGUUUCCGUGAAGAGCAGGAAGCACAGCUUCAGAUGCUUCAACAGCAACUCCGAACCACUUCGUCACCAUCCAUGACGAAUGCCAUCUCUGCACCUGCCCCUGCAGUGUCACCAUCGAUGGCCGGUAUGAGUGCCUUGUCGACAUCGUCUGUGUCAGCGCCCGUUUCUACAGUCGGUUCUGAGUUCCCUUGGUCGCCAGCCUUGUCGUCGUCAUUGUCGGCAACGACGACAGCGGUGGCUGAUUUGGCCACAAAGACUGAUACUCCCAUGAUGAAUUAUGUCCCUGCGCCAGUGUUCGCUACUGCGCCACCAUCUAGUAACGCUACAUAA